UCACACUUUUAUACAAUCCAAAUUCAAUCUAACUGGACUCAUUCAAUUCAAGGAAUCACAUACAGUCAUACACCACAGCUUCAAGCUCGACCAACCAUGUCAACUUGUAAUGAGCUUUCACAGCCUCAUCAACCUCAUGUAGCUCUUCUCCCAAGUGCUGGUAUGGGCCAUCUCACACCCUUUCUUAGACUUGCUACAAAGCUUUUCCACCACCAUUGCCGUGUCACUCUCAUCACCACUCACCCCACUGUGUCACUCACUGAGUCUCAAUUCAUUAGCCGCUUCCUCUCAGCUUUCCCUCAAGUCACACAAUUGCAAUUCCAUCUCCUCACUUUAGACCCUUCCAUGGCCAAUUCCAAUGACCCUUUUUGGCUUCGUUUUGAAGCUAUUCGUUGCUCAGCUCACCUCCUCUCUCCUCUCCUCUCUUCACUUUCUCCACCUCUUCAUGCUCUCAUCUAUGAUGUAAGUUUGAUUUCCUCUGUGAUUCCAGCCAUUGAAUGCUUACAUAUUUCUAACUAUAUUCUCUUUCCUUCAUCAGCAAGAAUGUUCUCUUUAUUUUCACACUUCCCAAAUUUUGCAUCCAAAGCUAUACUUGGUGAUGUUCUGACUCAAAAUUUUUUGUCUAUUGUGAUCUACGAUGAUUACCUGGAUUUGACCAAAGAAGAAAAACAACUGAAGCAGCCAAGGGAAGAGACUUGUGAAGAACUUGACAAGAUGGUGAAGAAGUUGAAGAACCAGAGGAACGUGUGAGUUUCAUAGUGCACCCAAUUGGGAUUUUGUUAAUUUUAUGGUUAGUGGGUUUCUCACAGACAUUGAAGCUGCUUAAUGAAAAUUGAGAGAGAGGAGAAAAUGCAGAGGAAACCAUUUUUCUCUCUCUCACACUCCCUUGCUGAAGAGAGGGAGGGAGAUAGAAUUUGCUGCAACUAACGGUGGAUAACAAUCGGUUAGAGAUGCUGUAAGAAUGCUCUCAUACGUGGCAUGCGUUUAUUGGUUACAUGUUUUGUUACGAUUUGCAUUUGAAUGGUCAAGAGUGUCUAAGACCGAAGGUGGAAGUUAAUAAUAAGUAAAACAUGUCAAUGUAUGGAAGUAGGAACUUUAUAGAUAUAAAACAGUAAAGAGUUGUGCGUGUUUCAAAGACAAGCAAUCAAGCAAAAAGAUAUGUUGAA